UAAUUCAAUACUGGACCAAUUUAGAUUGUUAAUGGUCCUUAGUAAAAGUUUAGAUCCAAACAUAUCUAAAAAAGGGCCCAGGUUGAAAUAUCCCAAAGUUUCCUUUCAAGACAACAACAAUACCUUUACUUGUGUAUGUGUAUGAGAUGUAUGUGAUGUUAAAUUACAUAAUAUUCAGGCUCAGUUUGAUGAACGUUUAUGACUCACAAACAAUCCAAGCAGUUAUGCAAAUAAUUCCUAUAACCAGGAAGAUGAAUUCAAUAUAUUCACCAAGAUUCUUAGUGUGAGUUAUGCAUUUUCUAUAAUUACACUGUACUCAAUCAUUCACUUCUAUAUCCUGUACCAUCUAUCACAGUGAGAUGUUAGAUCACACAAAAAACACAGAUGAAAAUGACACCCCCCCCCCUUAUUAAAUACCCUCUCCUCCAAGUCAUAAUGUUUUAUAUUACUUUUGUAUCAUUUCAUGUGUUUGUUGUAGACCCUGUCACUGAAGCUAAGGUCACCUGCCCAAGCAAUGCAACACUUCACUGUGAGGCAGAGGGUGACUCACUGGACUACAGCUGGUCUGGGCCUGGACUAAAGACUGCAGAGAUGAGGGGCCAGACUGGACCACAGAUCAGUAAGGAGAACCAGGACUCAGUCUACACCUGUGUGGUGAACAACACAGUUAGUCACAGCAGUGUGACCUACCAUGUCAGGGACUGCUUUACCUCAGACGCAGGAGAUCAUCAGCUCAUCCUAGGUGUAGUGUGUGCUGUUGCUGUUAUUGGAGUCAUUGGUGCUGCUGGGUUGGGCUAUUACUGCUACAAGAUCAACUCAAGAGGGCAGAAACACACUGGAAAUGAGAACAAACGUGAGACGGAUGGAAAGAUUAUAACCAACCAAAAGAAGGAAGAGAGUGUACUAUUGCUCACUGGAAAACAUCAAGCUUCAUCUUGUGCAGUAACACAAAAUACCUGUGACGGGUCUUCAGACACUGAGGAUAGAGUUACAGGUGAUGUUCAAGAUGACAAAAUGGAUACCACUCAAUUAGACUCUGCACCAAGGUCUGAUGAGAGUGCUAAGCCUUCCCCAACAGUUGUAACAUGCCCACAUGCCGAUUCCUCCUCUGGAUCUCCCAGACAGUCCAGAUACACUGAUGCUGUUAGAGAUGCAAAUAAGUGUUCAGGUAACAAGAAUAUGGAGGGGACAUGUGAAUAUGAGAAAGGAACAAACACAGUAACAGAGGAACAGAACCAAACCGCCGACCCGUCACUCUCUGGAUCAGCAGGAAGCAUCAGGAAUGAUGACAUCAUCAACACAUUACCACAUGGAGGGCAGGAAGAGGGAAUCCAGGUUGACGAUAGUUCAGCACACUUCAAAAGAUAA